AUGUUCACCCCAAUUCAUACCACGCUGGGCGCACUGUUACUAUUCCACGGCUCGUCAGGCCUGCUCAUACACAACGGCGCCGUCUUCGGCAUCUCCUCUCUCUUAUCCGGGUGCGCCUUCAGCCCGAGUCGUGACAAUGUGCCCAUCAUCGCGGGUUUGGUAUCCAGUAUUGUGCCGGUGUACUUGCUGGCACCAUCACUGAUCCCGAACUAUCCCGCGUCGCCACACUCCUGGGCUUCUGCUGCAGCAACGUUGGGAGUGGGCUUCCUAUUGGGGUGGGGAACAAAGAACGGUCAAGGCUGUACCUCCGGACACAUGCUGUGUGGCCUUUCGCGUCUCUCGCCCCGCUCAUUGAUUGCAACCGCCAUAUUUUUCACAACUGCAUUGCUCACGGCGAACAUUGUCAAGGGCAGAUCCAACAUCCCGUCCUGUGGUACGACCCCGUGCUAUGCUCCAGUGUAUCCAUCUGAGUCGGAGUUAGGCUUCAUGGCUGGUGCAGUGCUGCUGGCGGGUAUAACAAACUUUAUCGUUGUCCCCCGGAAAGCCCGCCGGUCGGAGGAAUCUAGGGUCAUCUAUUCCUAUGUGACAGGGUUGGAAUUUGGUCUGGGUCUUUUCAUAUCUGGAAUGGCGGACCCAGCAAAGGUGCUCAGGUUCUUUGCCUUCUUGACUGACCCAUCCCGAUUUGAUCCGUCGCUAGCGCUGGUCAUUCUAUUUGGAAUUGGACCAUCCCUGAUUAUUUUCCUGAUUCAGAAACCAGGCCAAGCGGUCGAAAAGGGAAAGCCUGUUGCAAAGCCUACCCUUGCUGAGAAAUGGCGACUCCCGACGGCCACGGUGAGUGACAUAGAUUGGCGGUUUGUUAUAGGUGCUGCGACGUUUGGACUAGCCUGGGGACUGGAAGGUGUAUGCCCAGGCCCCGCAAUCUUGCGGACAAUCCUGCAACCAACUUGGGGUUUGAUCACCAUGGGUGGAUACAUGCUGGGCAACCUCAUUUAA